UGAUGAACUCACAGUGAGCAGUGUUCACACAUCCCAUCGGUUUGAGGUUAGAACCUGCAUGAGAUUAUAGGUUAUAUUCGACCAGUAGCUUCGAUGGCACCCGUUGUGGAGAUACAGCAACAGACCACCAACACGGUCGAGGAGCCGCUGGACCUCAUUCGGCUGAGUCUGGAUGAGAGAAUUUAUGUAAAGAUGAGGAACGACAGAGAACUUCGCGGCAGAUUACAUGCUUACGACCAACAUUUGAACAUGAUCCUCGGGGAUGUGGAGGAGACGGUAACAACGGUGGAGAUUGACGAGGAGACGUAUGAAGAAAUUUACAAGUCUACGAAGAGAAACAUCCCGAUGCUGUUUGUCCGUGGAGACGGUGUAGUACUGGUUGCGCCGCCCUUAAGAGUUGGGUAAAAAAAAAAUUAAGAAUGGAAGCCACCCUCCUCCAUCCUCCUCCACCCACUCCCUCCGUCUCUGUAAAUUGUGUUCAGGAGAGCAUACCUGUGUUGUCUUUUGGUAGAUCACAGAAUUGUGACUGUAAUAUUAUUUUUUUAUUUCUUUAGUUGAAAAGUCCUGUUGAUGCUUAGCGUGCCGAGUUUUUAGGUUGAUGCUAGGUGGUUGAUUUUGUACGUUUCAGUUCAUGGAAAUUUGGUAUUUUCACAAACACAAUAAAACAAAAUAUCAUGA